UGCGUGUAGUAGGCUAAUUAAAAAAUGUUUGUUAUUUCUAGGAAAAAUGUUUUAUGCAAGAUCAAAACCUAUUUUCAAACAUAAACGAUAUAGAAUAUGUUUAUUAGUCUCCUGAUAUGCUGCAAACGUAACAGCUUAUUUUGAUCAAGGAGGUUUCCUUGAUUUUGACACGUAAGAGAAUUCGUAGAUCAUUCUCAGCAACAUAAGUCACGCCGCUCUAAGCGCUGCCCUGCACAGUGCUAUAUUUGUUUUAGUCGCUCUGCUACUAGAGGGCGAGCAUUUCGCUUCUGUCGAGAAUCCGAAAUCAUUUUAAAAUCAUUAGUUUAAAACAUGGCGUCGUUGAUGGACUCGUUUGAGCAGCAAUAUGCUACUCUGACAGCUGAUAUUACUUCAAAAACUAGUCGUCUCCCAAAUUUAUCGGGAGUUGAAAGAAAAUUAUUAAUUAGCCAGGUAGAGAGGCAAAUGGAAGAAGCUCAUGAAUUGUUGGAACAAAUGGAUUUGGAAGUGAAAGGUAUGCCCCCAGCUUCUCGGCAGAAAUACCAGAUUCGACUGAAAAGCUAUGUAGCUGAGCUUUCUUUAUUAGAUAAAGAAUUGCAGAGGGCAAGAAUUGUACAUCGAGAUGAAAAUCUGGCUCGAGAUGAAUUAUUUGAAGGAGAUUAUGUAAAAGAUGAUCAGAAACAGAGGUUAUUAGAUAAUACUGAAAGGUUAGAGCGUUCUUCCAGGCAGCUUGAAGGGGGAUAUAAAUUAGCAGUUGAAGCUGAACAAAUAGGAGCUCAAAUUCUUACAGAUCUUAGUUCACAGAGAGAAACUAUCAAAAAGUCAAAAUCUCGGGUUCAAGAGACAAAUUAUGAUCUUGGCAAGAGUUCCCGAAUAGUUAAUGGAAUGAUUAGAGGGUUAAAACAGCAGAAAAUGGUCUUGUAUGCAGUUGCUGCUGUUGUGGUUCUUUCCAUUAUUCUUGCAAUAUAUUUUACAAUUCGGAAACAUAGCUGAGAUUAGAGAGAUAUCAAGCCUUCAAUCUGGUCUUCAUUGUAGAUAAUCACUUUUUUUAUUGUAUCUACUUGUAUAUUUCAGUACCAUUUGCUAUUUAAAAAUACCAAUAUUGUAAUGUAGUAUCAUUUAUUUAAUAGCCACAUUAUUGAAUUGUGAGGGAUAUCAUAUCAUCUGUUUUUGAAAUGUGUGAAACUAGUAUUAGUGGUGAAAUGCUUCUGUGAUACAAGUUUAUUUUAUCAGAAGUAUUAUCUACUUCAAUGUUCAAGAUUAGUUUUUAAAGUUACGUGUCUUUCAAAGCCACCUAUUCAACUUUUAUUUGCAGUUCUAGAGUGUAAAUUUGUUACUUAAUUAUAUUGUGUUAUAAUUUUCUUAAAAAAAAUUGUAUAUAAAAACUAAAUUAUUUUUAAUCUUUGAGCUUUUGAACAGUGCUUAAAGCUAUAGCUUCUUGGGCUGUGUGAAUAUCAGUUCUUAAUGUAUAAGAUUUUAAAAUAUAGUAAAUCAAGCCAAAAUUUUAUAAAUGAAUGACUGUAGCAACAAGUGUUAAUGUAUUUAAGAAAAGUUUUCUAUCUUGCAAUACAUUAUGUGUCAAUCUUGUUGUUUCUAUAGGUCAUCUAGAACUGUUUCAAGUGAUUUUCAGUUUGUUUGCAAAAAUCUUGCAUUUUUCACUUUCAAAUAUUGAUGAAAUUCUUGUGAUUAAUCUUUGGAACUGCAAAUAGUGAAUAUUUUAAUAAUGUGCAGCUUGUUAAGCUAGAAUAUUUUUAAAUAUGUGUAUAUUUAAUGAUUAUUUUAAAUUUUAUUUUAUGAAUUUGGCUGAUUGGAGUGGAGACUGUUACACUAAGUUAUUCAAAAAAUUGCAUGCCACAACUAACACAUCAUUUAAAAAGCAAAUAUUCUGCUUCUUCUACAUUUUUUAUAUCAGACAGAAAAAAAUGAAAUAGCAUUUAAAACUGGGGGGGGGGUAUAAUGUUCAUGUUCUUUAUGUCAAAAAAUAAAACUUUCAAGACCGAAACACUGCUCAAAUUUUAUUUAUUUUAUUUUUUCAGUAUUUCUAUUUUUUUAACUUUUAGAUUAAUUAAAAGAUAGUCCUCAGCAAUUAAAUUGUGAAAUCAUCAAGUUUUCAAGAUCAGAUAUGUAUUUUCAGUUUUUUUACAGCUGUUUAAUAUUUAAGCUAUUUCUUAUUUGAAUUAAUUUGUUUAGUGUAAAAGUUCAAACAAAAAGUAUGUAUAGUAGAUCUGUAAGCUUAAAGUAAACUUGAGCUUUAUAUCAUUAAUAUAAUAUGCAAAAUAAGUAAUACUGUACACCAACCUGUACAACUGAAAAUUUAACUCUUAAUUUUAUUAUUUUUGGAUUUAACAUAUUUUGCAUGAAGAAUGUUUAAACCUCUCAUAAGAUCUGUUUUACUGAAAGAUUAGUUUUGUGAUAUGAUAUUCCAAAAUUUUAUGAAUAAAAUGUUUUAGUUGGUAAAUUUUCUAAAAUUGAUUUUUCGUUUUAAUUUCUUGUAAAAAUUACUGAAUUGUUGAAAAUAUCUUUACCUCCAAUGUGUUAAUUUCAUCAUAAUGCAAAUGUAAUUUUGAUUAAUAUUAUGAUGAAUAUAAUAUGAGAUUCUCAAAUUGCUAUAAUCAGUAACUGAUUUUUCAUUUUUAUGAAAAGAAGUAUUUAUUCUACAAUUAAACAAGGAUUGUGUAAUGCUAUUAAAAAUAAAAGUUUUAGUUUUCCCCCUGUUUUGAAUUAUUUCCAAAGGUUGUAUUCCCCUUCAUUUUUUAUUCUCGAGAGGUAUUGUCUCUGUACCCAACCAUGAGAGCAACCAUUUCAAGCAAACACUAGAAGAGUACUAUUAGGCAGUCUGAUUUCUUUAUUUAUCUUUUAUAUCUCAGAAGAGUAUCAUUAGUUUCCUUUAGUUGUCAUUCAAGAUCAUGAUUUAUCUACAGUCAGGAUGUAAUCAAGAAACACAUCUUCUUUUUCUGAUGUAAAUGUUUCUUAUUUCUCAUAGUAUCUACAGCAUUAGCAGAAGAAAUAAAUCCUUAUUCAAUAGCUAGCAUGUCAAGCUAAUCAAAGUAACCAAGACUAUAGCUGUGAAAUUUAUUAGCGGAAUGAAUCAGCAGUUUUAUUAUAUGAGCACAAUUCAGAAAUUUCCUGUAUGGUGUUCUUAAAAAAUUAUAUUGAAAAAAGAUGGCCUAAGCAUAUUAUUUAUAGAAUGCUUUUCCUAGUCAUUUCACAUUUUUACAGUAUUGGGGCAGGCAGUCAGUUGUGCCUAUGUACUCUUUUUUUGCUUAAUCAUAGAUAGGUUUCUUCUACAAGGUAGAACCAAGGUCCUUGUAAACCUUUGUAAAUAUAAUUUUUAAUCUUUACAAAGAGGAAAUAACUACAAGGCAAAGCAUCAGGAGAAUAUGGAUGAUUUUUAACAUGAGUGCUGUCAUAUUUUAAAAAAAGGUUGUUUUGGAUUACUGUUAUUUUUUCAUGUAUGUUCCUUAAUGUCAUGUAAUGUUCUUUGCAACAUAGUAGUGCGUAAAACAAAAUAUAUUUAUAUCUAUUUUUAGACCAUAAUUAGUUUGUGUUCAUUUGGAUACAUAAUCUCCAUGGGGGACGAAAAAUUUAUUUUAUCCACCAAAGUUUUUAUGUACCACUGUAACCAAUAUUUUAUAGAAUUUAGAAUAGUGCAUAGAAUUUGUGUCCUUUAGAGAAUAUAUGGCUGAAUCUGAAUGCAUGUCAUAGUAUCCAAACUAGUACAAGUCGUCUGUUAGGUUAAUGUAUGUUGUGUGUGUUUGGAUAAAUAUUUCAGUUUCAGUGUUCUGGCAGCUAGCAAAGGCCAUGAUGCCAGUGAGAGGUGGUGUGAAGAAGCAUUACUACCUUUUAAAUGUUUUCAGUUAUUUUUAGUGAAUGGCAGGCCAUAUCUUGCCCUGCAGUGCUAUAGCUUAAUAAGCGCCAUUAACAGUAGUCACAGGAAGAACUGCGUGAUGAAAAGGACCAAUCCUUCAUCUCUGAAUCUUCAUCUGAAGAACAUGGUGCACAGAACACUGGAUAACAGUUUUCCAAGCAAACUGAACAAUUGCCUGAAUGUCCAUUCACAGAUUAUCUGCCAUGAAAUUCUUACCAUUUAGGAAUUUGAUUUUUAGUUGCCUUUAGUUGUCAGUCAAAAAAUUCAUGAUUUCUCUACAGUUAGGAUGUAGUCAAGAAAUGCAUCUUCUUUUUCCCGUCACUGAAGAUGCAUUAUGCACUUUGUAGCAAGAAAUACCAACUGUCCAAAGUUACACACAUGGGCAAAUUUUUGGCCAAAUGUAUUGUGCAAUGAAGUGUGUAAUGUAUUGCACAGUCUGAAUACAAUUAUUUCCGAGCAGUUGCUGUAUACAAAUGUUGCUUUAGUCUCAAUACAUGUGAAUUUAUCAGUGUUAUUCAGAUUAUUUACAAUUGCCUGAAUGUCCAUUCACAGAUUAUCUGCCAUGAAAUUCUUACCAUUGGUCUACCAGUGAACAGUAUCAUACAGCAUAGCAAAAUUAGCAUGAAAGCUUGUGUUUAUAUAGGGCUUUUCCAAACAGUGCAAGACAUUUUGCAAAAUUUUGUAUGUCUAUACAAGAGGAACUGCUUUUUGUAGCUUUACAAUCUGUUUCAGAGAGAAAAAGUACUGAUACAGUGUUUUGUGUGUUUAGCAUUAAAUCUGUCAGCUGAUCAUGAGUACCAUUCGUUAUCUUGUUUUACAUGCAACUAGCAAUGCCUUUCAACAAAAUUCUGAAAUGGCCUUCUUAUGUGUGUAACCUCUACAAAUCAUAUAUAAUCUUUUCUUUUGUACAACUUUAUGUAGACUGUGAGUGGCAACAGUAGAAACGAAAAUAGUGGUAGAAUGAUGUUAAAAAAAAGAAUGUCUUUAAAAAGUGAAUAAGCUUGAAAGUAAAUUUAAAAUCAGUUAUGACAUCUAAAAUUUUUGUUGAUUUAACUGGAAUUUGGGUGUUUAUUUCUUGUGUAUAUAUUUCUUGAUGUUUAUUCAUUCUAAAAUUAUGUUAAAUUAUGUAAAAUUAUUACCAAUUCUCUUAAAGAAUAAAAUAUACUUAAUUAUCAGAAAGAAUAAAACAUACUUAAUUAUCAAUACUAGUCAUGAUAUAGUCAUUGUGCAUGCAGUGGUGUCUGCCAUUUGGUGAAGAAGUUAAAGUGGUUUAACUAUAAAGUUUUUGUGAGACAUUAUUCCAGAAAGUAUUAGUAUUUAUUCCAAUGAUUUCAAGGUUAGUUAGGUUAUUCAAUUACGGCAAAGCCUCGAGGGCUAUCUGCCUAUGGGGAGGGAUGCCUUCGUGGAGGACUUUGUAGGGAAAACUGGCUCGUAUAUACGUUACACAUAAGGAAAACCAUGAAAACACCCAUGCAGCCAGCCCGUUUGUGGCAUUCAAACCUCGGACCGAACUACCAGUGAUCAGCGACUUUACCGCUUGGCCACUGGUGGGCUCCAAUGAUUUCAAGAACUAUGACAUAACAUUAUUAAAAAUGCAGUUAAAUAAUUAAUAAAAGUUAAUAUAUAGGUUCUUUUUUUAUGCAUUCCAUUCUACUUAACUGUUAUUUAAAAUAUUGAGUUUAAAUUGCAGUAAAGAGAGAUUUAUUUUGCAUUUCUUUGAAACUUUAAUGAAAAUUCUCCUCUCCCUUAAAGUAAUAUAAACAGAUGGCUUUUUUGUUUUCUGUUAACAAAUGUAAAAUGCAUACAUUAAAUUUCCACCGUUUCAUUUGCCUUAAAAACAUUAAAUUCUUUUAUUAUGCAAAAUAUUCUGAAAAUUUUAACACUUAUAUAAUUUUUUUUUUAAUGAAAUUUGAAUGUCUUAUGAACUAAGCUGUAAAAUGUGUUUCAAAGAUAGCAUUCUCAGUUUGCAAAAUGCUAUUUUCGAUAUUUAUGGGUAAGCUUUGUACAUUUUGUAGCUGUAUUAUGUCUCAUAAAGAAGCAUACUUAAUUUACUGUCAUUGUUUUCAAAAUUACAUGUAUAACUUAUCAUUUAUGCAAGUAUAGAAAACAGUGGGAAGAAAAAAAUUGCAUUAGCUUAAAAUAUUUUUAAACUGCAAUUUGAGAAUUCAUAAUAUAGCGUAAUUGUGGGAGUUAAUAAGUUGAAAAAUGUGUAGCUAUAUCAUGUAUAUAUUAUAUUUAUAAAUAAAUUAGAUAGAGCUUUAUGUAUAGAAUUACAGGGUAUAUAAAAUGCCAGAUUAUAAGAUAUCAUUGAAGAAAGGUAUGUUAAUUCUGUGUAUAAAAUUGAAGAUUUAUCUGUACAUAAAAAAGGAAGAAAAAUUAAAAAUAUUUGAUGUAUUAUUUUAUUUAUACUAAGUGAAAUAAAAUCUUAAUGUGAUA